CGCGUCCUUCCCGGCCUAAGCCUGUUACUUAGCACAUAACGGUAUCGUUCUUUUGCCUCUACAACUGUGUCAGCGUGCGUGAGGACAAAGCAAGGUCACGUAAUUGCGACGAGUCAAAGCUUGCGACUCGUCACCAGGUCGGCAGCUCACCUAAAGUGGUCCAUACAUUCCAUACACAAUAUGACUGGCGACCAUGGCCACCCGGAGGCCGAAGUGUUCCCACCCCCUGACUCUAUUGUUGCGAAGGCCCACGUUCGUGGGCUAGCGCAAUAUAAGGAAAUGUACGAGCGCAGCAUCACGGACUCCGACGAUUUUUGGGCGGAGCAAGCCGAAGCCCUUCACUGGAACAAGGGAUGGAGCGCGCCGUUGUGCCAGUCCAACAUCAACGUGGAGAACGGGCCUGUGCACAUUUCCUGGUUUGUUGGCGCCGAGACCAACAUGGCCUACAACUGCCUGGAUCGCCACAUUGAGGCGGGGCAUGGCGACCGUGUGGCGAUAUUUUGGGAGGGCAAUGACGAGGGCGAGGAGCGCGUGCUGACGUACUCGGAGCUGAAGUCCAUGGUUUGCCGCAUCGCCAACUAUCUCAAGUCGCUAGGGGUGAAGCGUGGCUCGGACGUAACCAUGUACAUGAGCCUCGUGCCCGAACUGCCGGCAGCCAUGCUGGCGUGCGCGCGCAUUGGAGCGGUACACUCGGUGGUGUUUGGUGGCUUCAGUGCAGAGGCGCUGUCGGGCCGAAUCCUGGACUCGCAGCCUAACGUGGUCAUCACGUCCAGUGGCACCAUGCGCGGUCCCAAGCCCAUUGGGCUGAAGGCCAUCGUGGACGACGCGCUCGACAUCUGUGAAAAGCACGGCCACACCGUGCAGCACGUGCUGAUGCUGGAGCAGCUGCCCCUGGCGGAGGUCGGCGGGUCGAUGAAGCCCGGCCGCGAUGUGACUUGGCGGGAGGCGGUGGACUCGCAGUCGGAUGAGUGCCCCGUCGAGUGGCUGCCAGCUGAAGCGCCUCUGUUCAAGCUCUACACUUCCGGGUCCACAGGCAAGCCCAAGGGAGUCCUGCACACCACGGCUGGCUACAUGCUGGGGGCGUUGGUGACCACCAAGUACGUGUUCGACGUCCAGCCCGCCACGGAUGUGUACUGGUGCACGGCCGACUGCGGCUGGAUCACAGGUCACACGUACGUUGCAUAUGGGCCGCUGCUGCUGGGCGCCACCCAGGUGCUGUUCGAGGGCGUCCCCACCUGGCCCGACGCCGGCCGCUGCUGGUCCAUCGUGGAUAAGUACAAGGUUACCAUUGUGUACACUGCGCCGACGGCCAUCCGCGCCCUCCACGCCAAGGGUGACGCGUACGUCACCCGGUACUCGCGGGCAUCGCUGCGGCUGCUGGGCUCCGUGGGCGAGCCGAUCAACCCCGAGGCCUGGCGCUGGUACCACCAAGUGGUGGGCGACGGCAGGUGCCCUAUUAUGGACACCUGGUGGCAGACGGAGACAGGCGGUCACAUGAUCACGCCGCUACCGGGCGCCACGCCGCUUAAACCCGGCAGUGCCACGCUGCCCUUCUUCGGCGUGGAGCCGGUGGUGCUGGACGAGAAGGGCAACGAGUUGCAGGGCCCCUGCGAGGGGGUCCUGUGCAUCAAGAAGCCAUGGCCGUCCAUGAUGCGCACCGUGGCUGGAGACCACGCCCGGUUCGAGCAGACCUACUUCUCCGCGUACAAGGGCUACUACUUCACAGGAGACGGCUGCCGGCGCGACGCAGAUGGAUACUACUGGAUUACGGGGCGGGUGGACGACGUUCUCAACGUGAGCGGCCACCGCAUCGGCACUGCCGAGGUGGAAAGUGCGCUGGUGGAGCAUCCGUCGUGCGUGGAGGCAGCGGUGGUGGGCGUUGAGCACCCGAUCAAGGGGCAGAGCAUCUACGCCUUUGUGACACUAAUGACCGGCGUGGAACCCGGUGACGCUCUUCGCAAGGAGUUGAUCUCCACUGUACGCAAGAUCAUUGGUCCCUUCGCCGCGCCGGAUGUUAUCCAUUGGGCUCCGGGGCUGCCCAAGACGCGCAGCGGCAAGAUCAUGCGGCGCGUGCUGCGCAAGAUCGCCGCCAAGGAGGAGGACCAGCUGGGCGACACCAGCACACUGGCGGACCCCAGCGUGGUGCAGGUGCUGGUGGAGCUGCGCGGCAAGUGAGCCUGGCUAGUAUGUAAUGGCAGUGUGCCUACUGUACACGUGGUAUACAAACACAAAGCAUUAUGUGUGCUCGCCGCGGAUCCCCGUGCACAGAGAGGUAGGUAUGGUGAAAUGGUCACAAAGUACGGCAUCGUUGUUGGUGGUCACUCGUCCUCCCGAACUUGUGAGUAGCACAUGUACGGAUGCAAGCAGAUGUCUAAGUGAGGCCUGCUGAGGCCUAGUAGCAGUUCCGUGGGGUGAAUGAACGCGCUAGAACGUGCGACUAUGUAUGUAUCACUCCUACUUCAGCGUGGCAUGCGUGCGUAUUUUUAUUGGGGUCUAUGCCAAAAUAUAGUUAGGAUCCGGUACCGCCUGGCCUGGCCUGGCUCACGGAUCCUUGCACCAUGCGCACGGCACCCUGCGUCGGCCUGUUGUCGCCGACAACGUACAGCUGUAAGAUAACACGGGUACAGAUGCAUGGCUUCCACCGGCCAGAGAGGGCGCUGCCAGUGCUCGUGUUUUAAGAAGGCAGGUGCGGCUCCAUUGACAGAUUUCCGACAAAGGCAUCUUUGGGUUGUUGGAUGGCAGCGGUGGCGGCGGCGGCGGCAGCAGAAGCGGCAGCAGCGGCGGCGGCGCGUGCGCGCAUCUUGGUAGCGGAGGGGGCGGGAAAGGCCACGUGGAGGAGGAGAGCGCCGCGCCGCCCAAGAAGCGGCGCAAGCGCGCAGGCUGAGCCGGCUGGUGUCUAGGUAGCCGUCGGCGGUGGGGCUGGCAGGGCAUGCGUAGCGGCAUCACAAGUAGUGCGGCUGUUGACAACUGUGCUGCGUCCGGCUGCGGCUGACUCUGUUGUGGCAUCGAGAUUGCUAGGCACCUGGUUUGGCUAUGUGCCUGUGGAAACCGACCCCGGCUAUGUCCGGGCAAAGAGGUUGUACGGCCUCAGACUGUGGAGGGCCUCAGCCCCUUUUCCCGUGACUGGGGAACACUUGUCAGCAAUA